CCCGCGACGUUGCAGAGCCGGUGGAUAGUCGUACAUCAACGCUAUCCUGCAGUCAUUUCUAUCUAGUAUUUUUUAUAAUCCUUCAGUCAUGUCCGAGGUGCUGUUUUCAAUGAGGGCUUACUGUAAGGUGAUAAUGCACACCGCAAAAUACCCCCAUGAAUCCGUGAAUGGCAUCCUUGUCUCGAAGAAAGACCAGGACAGUUCCAACGUAAUUCAUUUUGUAGAUGCGAUCCCUUUAUUCCACUUGUCACUCGGGCUCUCUCCAAUGAGUGAAGUUGCAUUGGAGCAGAUUGAAAGCUACUGCACUGGUGAGGACUUGAAGAUAGCAGGAUAUUACCAGGCUAAUGAGCACUACAAGAACACCAACCCCAAUUUCGUGGCCAACAGAAUAUGUGAGAAGAUCGCAGAGAGAUUUGGUCAAGUGUAUUUGGCGAUGGUAGACAACCGGCGACUGAGCCUCGAUAUGACGUCACCGGCCAUCGUCAUCAAGAAUCGGGACAAGUCCAGCGUGGCACUGGAGUCGGACGACACGUGUCUGGCGGCGGCCUGUCUGGUGCAGAACCGCAGCUACCGCCAGCUGGUGGACUUCGACAACCACCUGGACGACGUGACGGCCGACUGGCGGAACCUGGAGCUGAACGAGCUCAUCGACACCGUUCUGUAGCGGGACCCGGGCGCGCCGACAGAGCGCUGCGCGGGCUCUCCGACGGACCGGCGGCCCGCUGAGGGCGCUGCUGGGGCGGUGCGGCGUCGGUGGGGUCACCCGACACGGCGUGGGGCUGGGGCGGAGGCGACGCCGGUCGGAGGCGCCGGCGGGCGGUUUGGCGCCGCGUGCGCCGGACGGCCGCCGGUUUGGGGCCGCCUCACAGGAGACGCGACGCCUCGCGCACGCCCGUUGCGACCGCUGUGCGAUGUGGCCGCUCGGUUGAUCGGCACCGACCCCGCCGCUCCUGUGCUGAAGUCUGGGUACGGGGAGCUGUCAGAGCGUUCGUGAGUGGCGGCAGUGCCCGCCGCUGGGUGAAACAGUGGCGCCUCCGGGACAAGUGCGCUGUGCGAACGCGUGCUCGAUUCGGGCCAGCUCACGCGAGCUGCUGCCCAAAUAAGCAUGUUAUGGAAGUCCAAACGCAGGGGGAGGGUGCGAGCGUCGGCGGCGAUGGUGGUGGUGGUCGGAUGUUUACCUCCCGCUGGCGUCUGGUAGCGUGACGUGUUCCCGCCCAGCUGCUGGUUCGGCAGCGCCACGGGUACCCCCUUUAGUUAGUUUGGUGUGUGUUGGGACCAGUCUUACCGCCACGUGCAGGGACGAACCUGGGCGUGAUGAUCGCGUCGGUGUGUGUGUGUGUGUGCAUGUCUUUGAACGAGAUUCAUUGGGUCGUCCGCCACUGUGACUCAGUUGGGUAGUGGGAAGUUCAAUGUCCCCAAGCACAUGUGCCACUUGGUAUUGCCAGCGUUUGCUUCGUGCACUUUUAGCAUUAUUGAAAGUCACUGGACAAACGUGUUGUCACACUGCGGCGAGAAAACACUGAUUGUAAGGGGUUCGACAUGAUGAGACACGUGUUCAGUUUCGUCUUGUGCGCACUGGUCUUCAAGAUGCUUAUAUGCCCCUCAUUUGAGACGUAGCAGGUGUGCAGCAAUCUACAUCAGUUUAUUGUCUGAUAAUACCCCGUGUUAUAUCACCAGAUAAUUCAUGUUAUAUUGCUCGGUAGUAGUUCGCAAAAUACAAGUACCAUCGAUCAGUA